AUGGUGCUGCGUUCCCGCAAGGGAACCGAUCAUGGACGAGCCAAGGAACCAACGCUUGCCAGGUGCCUAGAUUGGCAGGCGCAACCUCUUCUGGAGUCUACUCUGGAGCCUGUACUCCGUAGACCGAGGGCAAUAAUUGUCACAUCAACACCAGCCAGCCACUACUACUACUACCAUUUGCGACGAUAUUUGGCUGGCGAUAGCAAGGUCCGCAAUCGGAGCGGAAGAGUCUGGUAUAACCUGUUUUUACAAAUUCCACCAGCACCAGCCGAGGCUCCUCCAGUUGGCUUCAUUCGACAACCAAUCAACUCGAGCUACCAGGUACUCAACCAAUACGGCAUAGGCGCUACCGUUUUCACCCACUCAACUGCUCACCGCCGAUCUGAACCUGACGCCUAUACCUACAGCCAAACUGUCAAGCUCAAAACCUGGGCAGCACCAAGAAUUUCGGCCGUCACUCAUCUUCGACCCCGCACACCAAGUGUCAGGCCACCCAGCCUCUUCUUUCAAAGCCCCUUAUCAUUGGAGGGAACUGCUAGCGUCUACUCGAUCGAGAGCGGCUCUUUCUAUCUAACCUCGCUUUGGACAAUAUUGUCCGCUUGCCCUGCCCAACAACCCUUGGCCUUCCUUCAGGAUCCUUGGUCAAUCUCACACUAG